CCAUUAAUCAAAAGAAGAAGAAAAUGCCUGUCAUUCCGAAUCUGCAACUUGGUUCUUUUGCUAACCUGCAGCUAGCUCGGUUAUACAUGCAUAAUUCCAAUUACGAGGACGAUGACAGCAUCGGGACGGACUCCGAGGGGUUACACGCUGACGUGACGGCCUAAAGAGGAAAAUUCAAAGAUGGAAAAGGAGCAUCAAGUGACACCUGCUGAGCCGACUUGUCUCCCGGGGAGGAGAACCGAGUUAGUUGGGCAGCAACACGACCGCUGGAACCGUCAUGUGAUGCUGCCAAACAAACACACGCACCAAUUAAGAGGCAAGCAGUCCGGUGCAGGUCCCGAGCGGAGCCUUCCGUCAAAUGUUCGUGGAGGUGACUUUCCCUGGAGAGCGAAGAAUAAUGACCCCCAUGCACAAAGCGGCACUCUGGGGAAAAACUCAGACGUACAGAGACGAGGUUUCCGGGACUCCAGACCGGUGAGGGCAUUUAGGCCCCCUCAGGCUGACUUGCUUCAGUUUGAGGUAAAAAUGUCAGACUUCCCACAGCUGGACAGCGCCGAGACACGCUCAAGUGUCCCUGACCCCCGCCAUGUUGAGAGCAACAACCCCAUUAGCCCCGCAACCCAUCCUGCUGUAACGUCAUGGGCUAAUGUGGCCUCUCAGGCGCCAAUAAAAAACUUCCAGGAGAAGCUAAGCAACGAUCAAGUACCGACGGACAAAAUGGCUGCACAGCAGCUGGAAGCGGAUGUGGGAACGGCGGCGGGGAGGAAAAAGCGGAGGAAAAAGAAGAAGUGCAAAGAGGUGGACCUGAGAACCCAAGCUGAGCUGCAAGAUUCAAAGGUCCAGCAGGAAGCUCCAAAGUUUGAGGAUGAAGAAGAGUUCCCUGGUUUGGCUCCAGCUGGGAAUCGGGCAGAACAAUUGACAAGCAACCGGAAGACUGGAAGAGGCAAUGAAGAGAAGCAUCAAGAUGAAAUGGAAGCAAGCAUGGGAAAGAAUGCUGCUAAGACACCACUUGCAGAGGCGGCAAUGAAAGGACAGAAAAGCGAGAAGACAUCCGGGAAGAAAAGCAAAGCUCCGGUGCAGCUGGACAUCGGCAACAUGCUGUCGGUCCUGGAAAACAAGCAACAUUCUCACAAAGUCAAGCAAACCGUCAUCUCAGUGGGUGGAGGACUUCCUAUCAUCCACAAGCAAACACCGGCUCAGAAAAAGGCGCCCAGGCAGCAGGAGAAAAUCGCCCACAACCCUCUGGACUCCACCAGCCCACUUGUCAAGAAAGGCAAGCAGAGGGAGGUUCCAAAAGCCAAGAAACCCACUGCUCUCAAAAAGGUCAUCCUCAAAGAAAGGGAGGAGAGGAAGCAGCGACGUUUACAAGAGGAGAUGGCCGCGCCGCCACAAAAUGACCCAUUGGAUCAUGCCACUUUGACAGAUGAAGACGUCGGUGCCCUUCAGGGAAGCGACAAUCCUCAGGAAGAUGAAACGGCCAAAGGGGGUGACGGGGAGUCCGACAGAGCCCCACUCGCUGAGAAGCAGGACCUUUCUGUCUCGACGCCGGAUCGACCCAAAAUCCACAGCAGGAAGUUCAGAGAGUACUGCAGCCAAAUGCUAAGCAAAGACGUGGACCAGUGCGUGACGUCGCUGCUGAAAGAGCUGGUCCGAUUUCAGGACCGCCUUUACCAGAAGGACCCCAACAAGGCCCGCAUGAAGCGUCGCGUGGUUAUGGGCCUGAGGGAGGUCCUCAAAAACCUCAAGCUUCGCAAGGUCAAAUGUGUCAUCAUCUCGCCCAACUGCGAGCGCGUCCAGGCCAAAGGGGGGCUGGAUGAUGCGCUCCACACUAUCAUCGACACGUGCCGUGAACAGGAGGUCCCGUUCGUCUUCGCUCUCUCCCGUAAGGCUCUGGGGCGCUGUGUCAACAAGGUAGUGCCUGUCAGCCUGGUGGGGAUCUUCAACUACGAUGGCGCGCAGGACUACUACCACCAGAUGAUCGAGUUGACCUCCGAGGCCAGGAGGGCAUACGAGGACAUGCUAGCGAGCAUCGAGCCAGCUGUCAGCGACACAGACCUCUCUGUGGAACGUCACUCCACACACGCCGAGGAACCGGAACACUGCCAGUUGUGGAAGAAACUACUGGAGAAGGAGUCCAACCACAAGUCACUAAAUUUUGAAGCAUGGCCGUCUGAAUGUAAUGAUGAAAAUGAAGUGAGCUGACGGCGGCGCCUCUGCGGUGACCUUAAGAAAUAUCAGAGCCAUUGCCUCAAUAUCUUGGAUUGUGUGGAUAUGAAGCAUUUUCUUGGGGCCGCUUUCAGAUGUUUUUCACUACAACAUUAGGGAGAAAAAAAUGAUCUGAAUUGUCAGUAUGAGUCCUUUCAGGUAAAAUGAUUUCUCGCCUAGUCACAAUCCUCAUUUAGGCAAGAACAAUUUUGAUUUUUUUUAACGUGAUUUGAUGUUUCAUUGCGCCUUGGCAAGAGGUUUUACGUUAACAUGACUUUAACUUGAUUGGACCAAACCAGUGGCUGAACUGAAGGACAUUCUCUUUGCCUUGAGGUGACUGCAAAAAGAUAAAACACUUUGUGAUUGUUUUUUUUAAUUUAUUGUUUAAAAUGAGGAAAGUCAAUCUAUGGAAAAUGAACUAUUUUCAAUGAACCCUAAUAAUAAAUUAGGUUUUGGCUUGA